CACAAUCGAGCUAAAUUUCCUCUUUGCCAAUGAGAACUGAGCUUUUCCUUCAACCAAAACAUUCGCGGAGAAAACGAAUGCCCCUGAGGUUCAACACAUGGGUGAGGAAGCCCUUGUUUAAGAAAUCUCCAUAACCUUUUGCAAUAUAGAAAUUUAGUGAAAUUAUUGAAGAUGAAGGCCCUCGAGGGACGGAAUAACGUGAAGGUCUACAAUUUAAGUGCAGGAAAAUCCCUGCCAGAUUGGUUAACAGAAAGAAAAAGAAGACAGUUAUCAAAACGGGAUGUUGAGUUCCGGCAGAAGAUUGAGUUGAUUCAGGAUUUUGACAUGCCAGAUUUGAGUGGCUGUGUGCGCAUGUCACCUGAUGGUCGAUAUAUUUUAGCAACAGGAACAUAUAAGCCAAGAGUGAAAUGCUAUGAAGUGGCCUCCCUCUCACAGAAGUUUGAGAGAUGUGUAGAUUAUGAAGUUAUUCAGUUCGAGAUCCUCUCUGAGGAUUAUAGCAAGUUGGUUUUCUUGCAAGAGGAAAGAUAUGUUGAAUUUCACAGUCAAGGUGGGAGAUGGUUCCGCACUCGCAUCCCAAAAUUUGGACGUGACUUAGCGUAUCAUUAUCCAUCAUGUGAUCUUUACCUGGCAGCAGCAGGGAGUGAAAUAUACCGCCUCAAUCUCAGCCAGGGUAGAUUCCUGAACUCCCUGCAGACCAAUAGCUCAGGAAUUAACAAGUGCGAGUUCAACAAAGUUCAUUACCUGUUGGCAUGCGGCACAGAAGAUGGUCGCAUCGAGGCCUGGGAUCCACGUUCAAGGCAUAGAGUUGGGCUCUUAGACUGUGCCGUGCACAUGGACACAGAGUUCAUGUCGGAUAGCGACUUAAACACUGCAAAUCGGUUUGGCAUAACAGCACUGGCCUACAAUGAUGCCUUGACCUUAGGGAUUGGCACCCAGACUGGGCAGGUUCUCCUGUAUGACAUUCGGUCGGACAAACCCCUGCUCGUUAAGGACCACAAUGAUGGCCUUCCUGUUAAAGAUCUUGAGUUUCACAAUUCAUCCGGGAAGGUUGUGUCUAUGUCGUCCAAGAUUGUCAAGAUAUGGGACAAGGAAACGGGAGCUCCUCACACCAGUAUUGAAUCUGAGGUGGACUUCAACGACCUCUGCCUUGUUCCAAAUUCAGGGAUGUUGUUCUUGGCCACCGAAGACGUGAAAUUGCAAACCUACUUUUUGCCGUCGUUAGGUACAGCUCCAAGAUGGUGUCCUCACCUUGAUGCCCUUAUUGAGGAGCUGGAGGAAGAGGAAGCCCCGUCACAGUACGAUGAUUACAAGUUCGUUACAGAGGAAGAGCUGAAGCGAAUUGGUCUUGAAAAUCUCAUUGGUACGGAUAUACUGCGUGCAGUCAUGCAUGGUUACUACAUCGAUUCACGGCUGUACAACAAAGCCAAGAUGAUUGCUAAUCCGUUUGACUAUGAUGACUUCCUGAAACGUAAAGUCAAGCAGAAAAUUACAGAGCAGAAUCAACGAGGAAUACAGACCAAGAAACUGCCGAAGGUCAACCGUGAUCUGUUCGAGCGGUUAACUGAGGAACAGCAAAAUGAAGGGUCCAAGAAGAUGACUUCUGCUGACGAGCUAUUGAAGGACGAUCGUUUCGGUGCACUGUUUACCAGUGAAGAAUUCCAGAUCGAGAAAAAUUCAGCAGAGUUUAAGCUGUUUAAUCCAGCCAUCGGCAGAAUGGACAAGAAAAGGUUGAAGGCUAAAGCAGAGGAAGAGUUAGAAGAGCAAGAAUUUAUGAAAGCUCGCGAGGAAAUGCUGCAGGGUGAGAGCUCAGACUCUGACUCCAUUGUCUCAGACGACAAUGAUGAGAGGAAGGUCAAACCCAUAGAGAUAAGAAAUUCAAAGAAGCAAAGGGAAAGAUAUCAGAAGAAGAAGGUCAAUAAGCCUCCUGCUAAAGAGGAUGAAAAGAAGAAAACAGAAGGCAAGGACUUGAGUUUCACCGCAGCUGACUCUCUGGCGGACCUGAAAGCCAGCAAAAAGAAAUUGAGCAAGAUGACCCUAGCUGACCGUCUGGAAAUGGAAGGCGACAACCAAGAAAGCAUCAAGCAGCUUACCUUUGGCAGUCGGGAAAUGAGCUACGUAGUUAAGAAGGAACCUAAGUUUGAGCGAUUACGACAGCAGCAGAGAGAACAUCAAGCAGAGAGAAGGAAGGUUCGACGUUCAACCGCAAACCUGAAGGGGAAGUUCAGAACUAAAGAUUGAGUGCUAUAUAUGGAUAGACUAAUUUACAUUUAGUAAUUAUAUAUUUUGUUUCAAGUAAAAGUAAAAUAUUUAUAUGAAUUGCAAGGGAGGGAUAUUUUUGCUGUGUGUGGGAGAUAUAAACAUUGUUAAUUUUUAUAUACCGUAUAUAAUUGUUUCAAGUUCUUUAUUCUUCAAGUGUGAUUUUUAGUUUACCUUCAUCAGUCUAUUUUUGCAAUCUGUGCUCGGAUGGAUGAUACUUUUU